GCCUGCUCCGUGCCUGAGCGCCCUCCGGUUCCCUCCCGAGCCUGGUACCGAGCCCGGUGCCCACCGCAUGCCAGUCCCGCGGGCGCUGCUGGGCUUGGGGCUGCUGGUAGCGGCCGGAGGGGUUCGAGGGGGCGGACGCUGCUGGAGCCGCAGCCGGGGCUGGGGCUGGGAGCGGAGCUGGGAACGGAACCGGGAGCGCUGCGGCCCCCGCGGCCCCCACCGAGCCAUGCACGGAACCGGCGCCGGGCUCCGCUUCCUGGGGCAGGAGGAGGCUCAGGCCAUUGACCAGGAGCUCUUCACCGACUACAAGUUCAGCCUGGACCAGCUGAUGGAGCUGGCAGGGCUGAGCUGUGCCACUGCCAUCGCCAAGGCCUACCCCCCCAGCUCCUUCACCAGCAGCCUGCCUGCAGUCCUGGUCGUGUGUGGGCCAGGGAACAACGGCGGCGAUGGCCUGGUCUGUGCCAGGCACCUGAAGAUGUUUGGCUAUGAGCCAACCAUCCACUACCCCAAGCGCCCCAGCAAGCCUCUCUUUGAAGCUUUGACCACCCAGUGCCAGAGGAUGGACAUCCCCUUCCUCCCUGAGUUCCCAGCAGAGGCUGCCUUCAUUGAUGAGUUCUAUGGGCUGGUGGUCGAUGCCAUCUUCGGGUUCAGCUUCAAGGGGGCAGUGAGGGAGCCCUUUGGCAGCAUCCUCAGCACCCUGCAGCAAGUCACUGUGCCCAUCGCCAGCAUCGACAUCCCCUCGGGCUGGGAUGUGGAGCAGGGCAAGGCCGAUGGGCUGCAGCCUGACCUGCUGAUCUCGCUGACGGCUCCCAAGAAGGCUGCCAGGCACUUCUCCGGCCGCUACCACUUCCUGGGGGGCAGGUUUGUGCCCCCCAGCCUGCAGAAGAAGUACUCCUUGAACCUCCCACCCUACCCCGAGGCCGACUGCGUGCUGCAGCUCACCUAGGACCCUGCCUCAGGGGACCCCACUGCUGCCCCAGCUCCUC